UAGGUUUGAAAGCAACACAGCGCGACUUCUAAAAAGGAAGAUUUCUUUAAAUUUUCCUCUGAAAUAAUUUGUGAUUCAAUAUGGAAAGAAAAAAGAGGAGAAGAUCAAUAAGAAAUCUUCGAAGGCAAUCCAUCAGUUCUUUUGGUGAUGAUAAUGAUGCCACCUUGGCUAACGACACCUUGAUGAUGAGUCUCAAUGAUCAGGGAGAAGUUGAUGAUAUCUUUGGUACAGUUUGGGUGGAAUCCAAUGAAGAAAGUUUGAAAGAGAAGCGUAAAAAACGAAGAUCAAGUGUUUUGUUUCAGAAACCAUUGUUGAAAAUAGAUUCAUGCUCCCCUGUUGAAAUAAUGAGACAUGAAAUUCCAGUGAAUUCCCCAGUAUACCCCUCCAUUAGUCCAGAAUUGAUCAAAUUUGAUGGAAAAUCUUCACCACUUCUUGUCACCCCUAGCAACAGUUUCACUUCUGUCAAUAACCUGGAUAUGGCCUUCGUAGGUGAACUGACUACUCCAAUUAUUGCAGAGUUGAAUACAUCAGCUAAGAAAGUUUAUCCAGUCACUCCAGAUGUAGACUUUGACAUUUUAGACUCUCCAUUACAAGAUGUUUAUACACCUAGUUUGACACCGAUUACAUCUGGCAGUUUGACUGCAACUACACCUGACUUGGACACUGAAGUAAAUUCUCAAUACACAGAAACAACACCUGUUAACUCUAGUGCUACAGAAACUAAUUUAAAUGAUGACACCACAGUUGACCCCAUGUUAGAUACACCAAAGAAUGGACUGGAUGAAUCACCAGACCCUAGAGCUAUUCUUGAGGACAACUCAGAAAAUAAGGAAAAUGAAGACCAAAGAAAUGGGUUCAAUAUUUCCCCCACUCUAGUCGAAAGUUUAGAUAGCUUAGCAUCUGGGGCUAUGGGCUUGUUCAAUUCCAUAGUUCGUAGAAUCUCCAAAGGUACUACUGGCAAACCAAAAACUCCUAAGAAACCCAAAAAAGAAACGAUUUCAGAAAAGACCUAUUCCGAUUCUUACAUUGAAGGUUUUUUGAUAGACACAAAAGCAAGAAUUGAAGAAAAGAAAUGUGAAGAAUUAUUCUUAGGACGAGAUAAUUUAGAAUAUUCUGUAAAUGAGGAAAAGAAACUAGAAGAAAUCUUAGAAGGAGAUGAAAUUUUGGAUGAAAAUAUGGAAGUCAUUGAAGAAGAGUUGAAUCAGGGUGUGAUUGAAACAGAAGAAGAACCAUUACCUUUAGAUGAUGAACUAAACUGCAAUACACUACUUUUGAAACAACUAGAAGAUGUGCCACUUGAUACUGCACCAAGUGAAAAUGUUGAUAAGCUUAUAGCAGAUACUGCUAUAGAUGAUAAUUUCAGCAUGAAAAGUUUAGUUGAAAGUAUUGACAAUAACACAGUUACUAAUGUUACUAAACGUAGAUCUAAACGUAAAUCGGCAGAUUUCUCAUCAGAAUUAAAUGCAAGUCUUGAUGAAUCAUGUACUACUACAGAUGAGUCUGGUUUGCGUAAAUCAAGGCGAAAUAGACGAAAAUCAUUAGAAAUCUAUCAGGCUGGAGUCGCACAUGAAAAUGAACAUCCAGAAUGGUAUUUGCCUAGUGAAAGAUUCAGGCCACAAGAAGAUGAAAAUCUAGAGGAGCUGUAUCUAAAUAAAAACUAUAUGGCACCUUUGGAAAAGACUUGGGAGACUAUUUAUGAAUCUCCAAAUAAGUCUAAACAAUUUGUAAGCAAGAAAAAGUUACGUAGAGUGAUAGACUUUCAAGGUUUUCAACCUACUAAAUUUAAAAGACGCUUGCAGAAAGCUCAUAAAAAUGGUUGGACUAAUAUCUGUAGUAGAGAAUUAAGUGAUGACUUUGUUCAGUGUAAACUAUCCCAUCUCUAUAGUUAUCUAGACAACUCAACAGACUCAUCUUAGUGCUGCUGUCUUUGGUGGUUUAAACUGUAGGAUACGAUUAAAAGUAGAUCAAGGUGCUUCGUUUUGUGUUUUUCUGUGGUUAAUUACACUUCUUAACAUGAUCUGACAAAAUUUAUCUUUGAAUCGUGUUCAUUUAAUUUUUCAGCCAAUAGUUUCAAAGAUUGUCAUGAUAUGGCUGGCUGACAAUUAAAGUCAAUGUUUAAAAACAAUUAAAAAUCCCAAUCGUGAAAUAUUUAUUCAGAUAGUGGAAAGAUUAGUAGAGUCCUCCACAGAAAAAACAUGAAAAAAAAGUCACUUGAUUCGUCUUUUAGUGAGAUUACUUCAAGAAGAAGAAAAUAAUAGUACCGUACAUGUAUUACUGGUAUAUACUUAUAAUAAUCAAAAUAAUCGAUUAUCGUCGCUACGAAUUUGAUAAUCGAUUAUAUGUCAAAGUAUUGUUUGUGAGUAUGUUACGUGCUGAAGGGAAAUUUUGACAUAUAAUCGAUUAUGAAAUUUGAUAAUUGAUAAAAUCGAAAUUUCUAUGACACAAAAGUAACCACCCAUGAAAUUUGGCACGUUUUUAAUUGAGUAUUUACAGGGUAUCUCAUUUAAAAUACUUUGAUUAUUGACCGAUAGUCUGCCAUCGAUAAUUGAUCUCAAUUUGAUAAUCGAUACCAUCUCUACUCCCGACUAUGUAGUACAGUGUUUUCAGAUUGCCAAUCAUGUUCAAAAUCAAUCUAUUUAAAAUAAGAUUAUAAUUUCAUAUCUUUCUUUAUUUCUGAUUCUUUUAGUCUACAUUGUCAGAUAUUUAGAUUAAAAAAUAAACUGAAAAUAUCAGAAAACGAAAAAGAAAAAUUGUAAUCUGAUCUAAUUAAAAAGAAGCUACAGGGGUGUAGUUGUGUGUAUGUGUCUUAAUAAAUAUUUUACCUAGAUCAAAUACAAAUGUU